AUGGCGGAAGCUUCAGCCUCAGCAUUGGAGCGUUUUCUGAUGACAAAAUUUCGUACAGCAACACCGCCACUGCCACCAUCGAGUUGCAGUGCAAUUAAUGGGAAUUUCUAUUCGACGGUAUUGUUUCGAGCCAUUGAAGCCCAAUUAACGCUAUUAAUUGAAGUGCUAAGAAAGAAGUUUUUGUUGCAAAAUACACGCAGUUCUGCAUAA